AUGUUCUCCCGAGCUGAAGCUUGUAGGUUAGAAAUUCCAAUCCUUGGAAUUUGCUUUCGCUUUUACGAUGUAUAUGCCCGCGCAGUUGGCUUUGAAACGCGCAAACAAGCUAUGAGGAAGGUUGAUGAUGUCACGACCCGGUAUCAAGUUGUAUGCAAUAGGGAAGGAAGGAAGAAGGAUGAUGAAUAUGACCAGUUGAAUGCACGUUCUGGUUUCACUAUCAAGCGUAGGAAGUUAUCUAAGCGGUGUGGUUGUACGGCUAGUAUAUCGUUCAGGUUUUUCUCGGAAGAUUGCUUGUCAUGUUACAUAAUUCAGGAGUUCAACGAGAUUCAUAACCAUCACAUGGUUGAGACGGAACAUCAGCAAUUCAUGUCAAGUAAUCGCAAGUUGGAUGAUGUACAUCAUAAAUUCAUCCUCGACUGUUCCAGGGCUAAUAUAGACCCCACGCUUACAUUUAAGGUACUGAAGGAAAUUCUUGGUGGGUUUGACCUAGUUGGUUGCACUGUUGGGGAUAUCAGGAAUGCCUCACGGGACAUCAAAGCAUAUGCACAAGGAUUUGAGGUACAAAUGGUGUUGGAUGAUAUGGCUAAGAAGAAGGAGAUGUCCGAGGGGUUCACCUAUCACUACGAAGUUAACGAAUCUGACCAGUUUGUUGCUCUGUUUUGGUACUGUAUGAUCUUCACUCCUUUCACUGGAAAGGAUAAUCAUGGUAGUCCUGUGACAUUUGCGGCCGGGUUGGUGUGCAGUGAGAAAACAGGGGCAUUUGCUUGGUUGUUCAGACAUUUUGUAGAUUGUAUGGGUGUAGCACCCAGGAUGAUUGUGACCGAUCAAGAUUUGGGUAUGAGAUCAGCGAUUGAAGAGGUCCUAGUCGGCACACGUCACCGUUGGUAUAUGUGGCAUAUAAUGCAUAAGUUGGCUGUCAAGGUACCAAACAGAUUGUUGCGCGACGACGAUUUCAAAAAGGAAUUUAACGCUUGUGUCUGGUCGGACCUAGUAGAGCCGGACGAAUUCGAGGAGGAGUGGAAUAGAUUGGUCGAACAUCAUAAGCUAGAGAGCAUCGACUGGUUCAACACAUUGUAUGCGUACAGGAAGUACUGGAUACCGGCGUACUUCAGGGAUUUUCCUAUGGGAUCGAUGAUUAGGACUACGUCCAUAUCUGAAUCAGAGAACAGUUUCUACAAAAAUUUUCUGAAGCCCCAAGCUAACAUAGCUGAAUUCUACUUGAAUUUCAAUCACGCCAUAGAAUUCCAGCGGAACAGUAGAACAUCUUUGGACUACCACGAUGCCACUGUCAUACCCAUACUAGCCACUACUCUGCCGUUGGAGAAACAUGCUUCCACGUUGUUUACCGACAGUAUGUUCAAGAAAAUACAAGAAGAAAUUGUGGAGGGUAAUGACAGAUGUCGUGUGCUGGGUUUUAUGUCCGGAGAAACGGUUGACACAUACAACCUUGGGGGUAGCAAGCGCAAUGCAUAUGUUGUCCGUCAUGAGAAGUCUGAUGAUACUUACUCGUGCGAAUGCAAACUAUUUGGGCGGCAUGGUUAUUUGUGCAGCCAUAUAUUUUUCUUGUUUCGGAACAAUGAGGUGAAAAAAAUCCCGGAUAAAUACUGUGAAAGCCGAUGGAUGAAGACUCCCUUAGCCAAGGUUGUACAUGGGGAGUUUCAGGAUCCCCUGCUUACCAAUUCCUCCGUUGACGAUAGGCAAACUAUGUCUAAGCAGGCGAUUUCGAUGUUUUAUGGGUUUCUUAGACAAUUUGAGACUGACAUCGAGGUGUUACGUGCAUUUGUAGGUGGCGUCGAAGAACUUGGUAACUCUCUUCAAAUUGGUACUCCGUCAACCUCAGCCGCUGAGAAGAUGCGUAUAGUAGAGGAGUUUUAUGGAAUGGUAAGGCCUAAAUCUGUUGAGGUUCAUCCGGAUGUCGUGAAGACGAAGGGUCACGCAAGCAGCUCAACGAGCCGUCUGAUUUCAAAGAGAGAAAAGGCUAUAAAGGAUGCGACAAGGCCUCUUAGACUGUGUAAGGCGUGCGAUGAGUUGGGUCAUCACGACUCCAGAAACUGUCCCGUCCUUAAAGAGAUGAAUACGGAGACAGAUGCGCGGAAGGGGAAAAAUCCAGCUUGA